AUGCCUUCUGAGCUUGUCAAUCUAUCCAACUUGCAAACAUUGGUAUUAGAAAAUAAUAGAUUAACAGGUUCCAUACCUGUAGGGAUCUUCAACAUCUCCACAUUAGGAAUACUAUCACUUUCAAACAAUUCUCUUCAAGGAAAUCUUCCAUCAAGCAUCGGUUAUGGGUUUCCCAUGCUACAAUUUCUUCAUCUCGACACAACCAACCUUAGUGGAGUUAUACCAGGCUCAAUCUCAAAUCUGUCUCAACUCAUCGUCCUUGAACUGGAUGAAAACAAAUUCAGUGGUUUUAUUCCUGGAUCCCUUGGAAACCUACAACUGCUUGAAAGGAUAUUAGUAUCUUCCAACCUUCUAAGAAGUGAUUCUUCAAAUGAAGAACUGGGAUUUAUUACUUCUUUAACAAACUUCAGAAAUCUGAGAGCUCUGGGGUUUGACAAAAUGCCAUUAUUAAAUGGUAAACUUCCAGCUUCCAUUAGAAAUUUUUCUACCUCCAUUGAAAGAAUUUAUGGAUAUAAAUCUAACAUCCAAGGUAGAAUCCCAAAAUCAAUUGGAAAUUUAAGCAGUUUGUUGUUGCUAAGUUUGUAUGGGAAUCAGUUGACGGGGCCAAUUCCAACAUCUGUAGGACGUUCUUUACCACCUGAAGUUGCAAAUUUGGAGGUUGCAACAACAUUGGUCUUGUCAGUGAAUCAGUUCUCAGGAGAUAUUCCAAGUGCAAUAGGGAAAUUAGGGAACUUGAAUUAUCUAUCUUUAGCACAAAACCAAUUUCAGGGCUCAAUGCCUGAGUCGAUGGGGAAGAUGGUAAGCUUGCAAACAUUAGACCUGUCACACAACAACCUGUCAGGUUUGAUCCCAAGCUCACUCGAAUGGCUUCAAUCCCUUUUGUACUUCGAUGUUUCUUUCAACAAAUUGAGAGGCCAAAUUCCUAGUGGAGUUGGAAACCUUUCAUUUCUGGUUACUCUGGAUUUGAGUGGCAACAAAUUCCAGGGAAGUCUGCCUCAGGAGAUUGUUUAUUUGCACAGACUUCGGGUGAUCAAUUUAAGUUUCAAUAACUUCACUGGACAAAUUCCUUCCUGGUUUAGCUUCUUAACCUGCCUCAAAUACUUGAAUCUGAAAAAGAAUAAUUUUACAGGUUUGAUCCCUCAUUCUCUCUUCAACCUUUUAAAGCUUGAAAACUUGAUUCUAUCAUCCAACUCCAUUCAAGGAAUCAUUCCGGAGGAGAUUGGAAAUCUUCAUAGCCUGAAGUAUGUAGACAUUGAAACCAACCAACUUAAUGACUCCAUACCAUCUUCAGUCUUCAACAUAUCAACGCCAGAAACUAUAGCGCUUGGACAUAGCCCGUUUGGAAAUCUGCCUACUGAUGUAUGUCUCAAUCUUACAAAACUGAAAAAGCUUAGUUUGUCUUCGAAUAAGUUAAGUGGCCAAAUACCAUCUAGCUUAUCUCGGUGUUCACGACUUGAAAUACUUCUUGUCCUACAACAACUUUGGUUCAAUUCCAAAAGCGGUUGGUGCCCUUUAAACAUUCCGAGCUCAACUGGAGGUCUGCAAAUGCUAUUGACACUUUCUUUGGCAGAAAAUAAGCUACAAGGAUCUAUUCCAGACUCGAUGGGUGACUUGUCAAAUUUGGUGUUCUUGGACUUAUCCAAUAAUAAUCUUUCAGGUCUAAUCCCAAAGUCCUUGGUGGCACUUCAAUUUCUCAGUUACGUCAAUCUUUCUUUAAACAAUUUAUGGGGUGAAAUUCCAUCUGAUGGCCCUUUCAAAAACUUCACGAGUCAAUCAUUCAUGUCUAAUGGAGGUCUAUGUGGUAGUACAAGAUUUCUUGUUCCUCCUUGCAGCACUUCCAUAGAUCACAAGUCAACCAGGAAGAAAACAUCUCAUGUAAUAUUCAUUACCUCUGGUAUUGGAGCAGCAUUAAUGGCUAUAACCUUAACAAUAGUAUUUCUAAUGUAUCGAAACAAAACUGAGAAUGCGAGCUCACCGAGCUCGCAUUUUGCGAAUGCGAGGUCGAUUCGAGCUCGCAUUCUGAGAAUGCGAGCUCUGUGA